AUGUCCGAUGACAACAUUACUGGUUCGACACAACCAGUCUUCCAAACCAACGAUAACGAUAUCAAUACAAGCCUAGAUCAUAACUCUGAUAAUGGUGACGACAGCAAUGAAAAUAUUGAUACAGGCAGUGAAUUCGAUGAUUUGUAUUCUCAUGAAGAAGAUAAUGAUGAACAAGAGGAAAAAGAUGAUCAAAAUGACAAUAGCAAUAAUGAUAAUGACAAUGACAAUGACAAUGCCAAUGCCGAAUAUUCGAUUGUAGAGACUCACCGAGAGGAAUUAAACAUGCAUAAUGAUUUAUCUGAUAAAGAAAAUGAUGCUACAUCUAAAGAACAUGAAGAUAAAGAACAAGAACAAGAAACACAAAUAGAAGAGAAUAAUAAUAAAAAAACAGAUGUAGAGGCAGGCAGAUUAGAAAAAUCUGAUUCAAGCUCAGGUCCAGAUUCUGAGAGUACAUCUGGAUCAGAUGAAGAAGGUGAGGACGAUGAUGACGAUAAUGACGACAAUGAAGAAGAAGAAGAAGAAGAUGAUGAUGAUGAGGAAGAGGACGAAGAGCAAGAAGAUACUGAAGAAGCAGACACUGAGGAAAAAAAAGAUGAUACUAAAAAUCUUAAAGACGUAAAUUUUAACCUUCUUGAAAGACAAAUCAAAUAUUUGGUUGAUAGUGAUAUGUUACACUCUGACGAUUUUAAAGCUUUAUCUAAGGAGGGUAAAAUUACAGCUAUAAUUAACUUAAUAAAUUCAAACCCGGAAACAGCCUUAUCUGGUUAUACGAAAAAUUCUAAUAAUCCACAGAAUCAAUCCACAACCACAACCACAACUUCCUCAUUUUCCUCAUCAGCAUCAAAUAACAAACAAGCUUUGGACUAUUCUAAUGAUAGUAAGCCAUCGUCUACUUCUUCUACAAAGGACAAACCUGCAUCUAAGUAUGAAAGACCUAACUUGUCUAUGCCAAUGACCUUGAAAGAACGUGAUUUAUAUGCUGCAUAUUUGCGUGGUGAGAAUAAAAUUACUGAAAUGCACAAUAUUCCAGCCAAAUCCAGAUUAUUCAUUGGUAAUUUGCCUUUAAAGAAUGUUACAAAGGAAGAUCUUUUCAGAAUUUUUAUUCCCUAUGGUCAUAUUCUACAAAUCAACAUUAAAAAUGCCUUUGGUUUCAUUCAAUACGAUAAUCCAACCAGUGUCUUAGAAGCUAUUAAAUAUGAAUCUGAUGAAAUAAAUUUUGGCAAGAAAUUAAUCCUUGAAGUGUCGAGCUCUAAUAGUCGUCCACAAUUUGAUCAUGGUGAUCACGGUACUAAUAGCAGUUCUACUUUCAUCUCUUCUUCAAAAAGACCAUUCCAAACUGAUGGAUCUGAUGAUGGAGAUCUAUAUAAUGAUGGUACUGGGUACAAAAAACCAAAAAGAAGAGUUCCACACUGUGUCAUUUACGUCAAAAGGACUGCUGAUAGAACAUUUGCUACUGAAGUGUUCAAUAGUAUCAAGAACGGUACAGGAAUUGAAACUGAUAUGAUAUUUUUAAAACCAAGAAUGGAAUUAAGAAAAUUGAUUAACGAUGCUGCUUACGAUGGUUCUUGGGGGGUCAUUAUCGUUAACAAAUCUCGUAAUCUUGAUAUUCAAAUCUUUUAUGAAGGACCAUCUGGUGAAACUAAAUUUGACGAAUAUGUUAAUAUUUCAUGCCCUGAUGCGGUAAGUAUUUUCAAUAACAUUAAAAACCAGAGAAGAGGUACUAUGGGCAUUGGUAUGAUGCCAGGUAGUGCAAAUAUGUAUGGUGGUUAUAACCAACCUCCAAUGGGUCCAAAUAUAAAUGCCGGGUAUGGAUAUGGUUCUCGUUAUGGUAGUAUCCCUCCACAACAAAUACCACAACCACCUCAAGGUUAUAUGAGUUAUCAGGCUCCAGGCACCAAUGGAUACCAAGCACCACCACCUCCUCAACAACAACCUCCUGUCUAUGGUGGAAUAAAUCAAAAUAAUUAUUCACGUUAUCAAAAUCAACCUGCACCACCUCCACCACAAGGUUCGAUGGGUAUGAGCCAAGCUUAUGGUAAAUACCCCCCACAAACUUCUGCAGUCAAUCAAACUCCGGCUGCAAUAGGUACUGCUCCCUCUCAACAAUCAAUACUUACACAAUCUCCACCACAAAAUAAUGUCCAGCCACAGCUUUCUGCUGCUUUAAAUGGUAAUCCAACUCAAAUGGAUCAACAACAAUUACUCGCUGCCAUCCAAAACUUGCCACCAAAUGUUGUUUCGAGUUUAUUAUCAGCUGCUCAACAACAACAGCAGCCACCAAAUCAACAACAACAGCAAUUAUUAGGUAUGUUACAAAAUACUCAAAACCAACAAACCCACCAACCACAAAAUACCUAUUCUCAAAUGGGUGGUAGCUCAUCUUACGAUUCUUCGAAGAUGCAGAGCCAACCUCAACCACAAAAUCAACCACCACCACAACAACAACCUGGUAGUAAUGUGCAAAGUUUAUUGGACAGUCUAGCUAAACUACAGAAAUGA